AUGUUCCUUAUUUUAGUUUUUUACUAUAGUCCUCUACAAGAGAAGCAACUGAAGCGAAAAUGUCAUUUACUGAGUGAAAACAAUGAAAAUAAUGAGAUGAAGAAAGUGAAGAAGAACUAUAAACGUAAGAUGCGAAAAUCAUGGCUGCAGCUUACCAGUUUUGUGUUUUCCAUUUUUUAUAAGUACAAUCUCGACAAAUGCACAUCAGAUCAUACACAAAAAUCGCUCUACCUGGCAAUUGUGCGUCCUGCAUUAGGCUACGCCACCCAAAUCUGGUCACCGCAGUCAAUUGAACUAGUUAGAAAGACAGAGGGCGUUCAAAGCCGAGCUUCAAAAUGUAUCCUUAAGCUGCCCUUCACGUGUACAGAAUCCUACAACUAUGAGGACUGACUGAUGUCUAUAAAUCUGUUACCAGUCCCUUAUUGACAUGAGUAUCUUGACUUGAUGUUCUUUUUUAAGGCCAUAAAUGGUAUUAUACUGUUCCGAAGAAAAUCUUUCCGAAACGAUCUAUUCCCUCAAGGCCUACUCGGUCAUCUUCAAAUAAGAGGGGGACAUUGGGAUUUGCGGUAUGGCGGUAUUAGCUUAUUUUUCUUACGGUAUUUCGGUAUUUUCGUUGAAAAAUUGCGGUAUUACGAUAUUGGAAAUCUUGCGGUACACGAUAUUUGCAAUUUUGGACUCAAAAACUGCGGUAAUUGACAAAAUUUGCUUGCGAUAUUACGGUAUUGAAUACCCCACAAUGCCCCCUCAAAUAACAGUGUUAUCUCGUACCGUCCUCGUAGAUGUAAGACAGCCACCUAGCAACGGUCAUUUUUUAUUAGAGCAACUAGAACCUGGAACUCCUUACCCGAACACUUAAUUAAGACUAGAUCAUUUAUCUCUAACGUUAGCCUAUAUAAAAAGUCACUAUUAGAAUACUACCAUAAUGCCCUUGUAUCUUGUUAUGACGCGUGGAUGAUGCUCGAACCUGGAAAAUUGUUUGCCUGAAGUGCAACACAUCGCGCAAUCUAAUCAAUGCUGAUCCCUGUUGCUACAAGACUAAUUAGUUGAUUUUUUUCGUCUGUAAUUUGUCACUAAUUUUAACUAAAGGGCCCACAGUAAUUGGUGUAAAGUGUUGUGGUGUCGCCACCUCUUGUUCUGUCUCAUGUAUAUGAAUUGUUGUACUUGUUUUGUGUACGUUUUUUGUCAAGGCGAAGCUAAAUAAAUAAAUAAAACUAAAUACUGUCUUUUAAUAAAACAUAAAUUAAAUAAUAGAUACUCCGAAAAUUGUAAACAUUUUCAUUCUUGAUAAAUACUGUCUUUUACACGAAAUUCGCGCGUUGUUCAUCGAUGUCUGUAUGUGUUUGAUCAAAUCCGCAGACGUAAAUGGAGCUAUAUCCGUCAAUAGGAACCAUCGUUUCUUAAUUUCCGCUCUCUAAUAUAGAACCAACGACAGAUAUAGUUGCUUGCAGAGUCGCUAAUCUGAUUUAAAAUAAUAAAGCAAGUGAUUGUAUGCCGGUAAAAAAAAUGACAUGACGGAACGCGUUUUGAAGUGCCUUAACCAACAGGAGGGGAUUGGACUACUUUGGUUUAAGUAUAAAUGAAUGUACUGUCUGUACUCACUCAACAAAUUCCACCCAGAACUGACAUUUCCAAAGUCUAUUACUGAGACGCAAAUCGAAUUUAUUGUAAAAAUCGAUAGAGCAUGCUAGUAAUUUUCAAUAUAUUGUAAUUCAUUAACUUUGCAGCCGAGCAUGGAGAAUCGUCGUCUUCAAUAAAGACGAUAAAAUGGAGUGACUAUAAAAGUGAGGAAUGCCACAAACUUUUCACGUCGUCUCUUACUGAACCGUGAGUAUUCUGCUUCUGUGCUAAUAUAUUAUCAGCUCUUUAUGUCAUUAUUGUUGUGGUAAUAACUUCUUGUGUAUUUAUUUUUAGAACAAAUCCUUCAAUUGUUGUAGCAUGUGAUAAAGGGUUAACAUUUUCGCCGGCAGAAAGCGUUUUUAUCUGUCAGAAAAAGAACCAUUUUCAGGUACAUAAUAUUUCCAGGAAUCAGGCAUUAGCGUCUUCCUUGAGUCAAAAUUUUCCCAUUAUCACCCAAUCUUGUCUUGUGUCUUCCUCCUGAUCUUUCUCUCUUUAUUUUUUGUCCAGGUUCUGGUGUAUAUUACUCGAUCUCAUCGUCAAAUAUCAAAAUUUUGUCCCGUAAUCUUCUCAAUCCCAUCAUUCCAUCUUUUGCUUUGUUUGUCAUUUCCAUCAUCUUCCUUAUUUUAUUUUCCUCUGAUUUUUUCCUCUUACAGAUUCCUUCCAAAACCUCUUGGCUAUUCCAUCGUAAUAUAAUGUUCAAAAUAUAUCAUUCUUGCCUCUCUUACUUUAUUUCCAAUGCUUUGAGUCCAGAUGUUUCACCCUGGUAAGCCCUCUUUAGUUCCAUCCAGAAUCUCUUUUUCGCCACUGACUAUUGUAGAAAUAUAGCUGAAAAUGAUUCUUUUCCUAGCCGUAAAAUGCCAGAAAAAGAAUCAUUUUAAGCCAUAAAUCACUCGUUUAUAUAUGUACGAACUUGUAUUAUUAUGAUUUAACGUCGGUCACUGGAAAAAAAAGUGAAAUCCAUACCACGAAAUUUGUAAUUGCACCCCUAAAUCCAUAUAGUAUAUCCAUACUAUUUCCUUACUAUAUCUAUACUAUUGCAAUUAUUAUGGAUAACCAAAAUCCAUUCUAUUUCUAAUAAAGAUCCAUUCAAUUUCCAUACUAUGAUUUAAUGAUUUAAUGAGAUUCGGCUAAUAUAGCGCCAGGGAGUUCGCCACAGGUUCCCCAAUUACGGCGACCCCAUAAUUAACUUUACGUUUACAAUAAUUUUAACAGUCGAAACGAACUAAUUUAAGACAAAAUACAAUCGGUGCAAGAGACAACUAACAAUAACUUAAAACACCAUCAAAGGACCUAGCCCUUUUACAUUUAACGCACACAGAUUUCCAAGUUCGCGAAUCGUCAUAGUUAUAAAUAUACUAUGACCUUCUAUGGAAUUUCAAAUUUUUUUUUCAGUAGGUACUCUAGUCGAGUUAAAAUUAUUUUUAAUCAAAUAUCUUAUGGAAAUAUUUUAUGGAAAUAUUUAUAAACCAUCCUCUACACAAUAGUCGAUAGAUGCAAAUUACGCGUUUCAUGAUAUUAUUUGAUAUCAUGCACUGUUUAUUGUGAAGUUUUGAAUUCAUUCAUCGUUUAGAUUUCAUUGAAUCUGGAAAUCACCUCCGACAGUCAAACGCUUGUACAAGUUGAGGUACUCUGUGUGUAUUCUUUGUGUAUGCUUAAAUCUUGUGAAUCACCAAAUUACAUCUUUCUUACCUAAAUUUUACAGGAUGUUUACCAAAGUGUCAUUUCUUAUAAAGUACAUCUUUGUGUAUUCUUUGUGUAUACUUAAAUCUUGUGAAUCACCAAAUUACACCUUUCUUACCUAAAUUUUACAGGAUGUUUACCAAAGUGUCAUUUCUUAUAAAGUACAUCUUUAUGCAAUAAAGGUACGAUUUAAAACUAUACUACUAUCAAAAUGUUUAAGAACGAACUUUCUCUAAGCCUCAUAUACUACUAUUAUGCUCAUAUCUUUGAAUAGAUAUCUUGGAUAGAUUUAUUAAUUGAUAUCUUGGAUAGAUUUAUAAAAUUAGAUUAUGAAAUUAUUAUAAAAAUAUAACGCAUAUUAAAAUGCUUUGAAUGUUUCCAGGCUGAAUCCCCUCAUAAAAAAAUCACUAUGGAACAGUCGACUGCGGACAGAUCAAAGCGACCUUAUUCUCCAGUGAGGUAAUUAUUGAAAGAACAGUUAUGUCAAUUAGUGAGUUACCACACGCUUGCUUAUUAUAACUAGUUCAUUUGUGCACAAUUUAAUAACGAGUCUUUUUUUUCAGUGAUGCAUGCAUGAUUAAACAUUUGUAUGCAUGAUUUAAUACCUCGGCUACUAUGACUAUGUAUAGCAAAGGAUAAUUUGUGAUCUAGUUUGCUCAAAAGUCAAAAACUCUAACUAAUGACCCUCUUCAAUAUUCAUUAUUAUGGCUGUAAUAUUGUGCGUGUUUUGACUGUUAUCGAAUCUGAAAAAUGUUUUGUCUCUAUAUUCUAUUUAAUUAGUAUUCGUCUAAGCCGACUCCAGACAAUUAAGUAUUAUAGCAUAUUUUGACUAUUAUUAAUUUAAAGCGUAUUUUAAGUGAAGUUUUAACCUGCUGAUUUGAUAGUUUCAAAAUUUCGUUCAAAAAGCCACAUCCAUAAUUUUUUCUUUCAUACUUUAAUGCAAUAUAUUAAUGUUUUCAAAAUUAAUGUUUUCAAAUUUGUUGAUCCUAUCUGAACUUAUAAUACUAGCAAUGAAAAUUUCGAAUACAAACCCUUUUUAUUCGGCUAUAUAUUCGGGGAUGAAAACCCAUCGAAAAUGUUCGGAACUUUAUAAUAUUGUCUCAUCGUUUUAGUAAUUUUAUUUCUUAUCACAGAUUUCCAGGCGAACCUUGUGGUACAAAAACAUUGACAAUUGGCCGGCUGCAUUUCAGGUUAACACUUUAACAGAUAUCAUACUCAAAUCUCGUACCCAGAGUGUGUCCGUUCGCAGGUCAUUGAUAUCAUGCUAUAUAAUUUGGGGGUCACUUGGAAAAGUCUACCAGCACUGUCACACCAUAGGAGCGCGAUGGGUGCAACCACACCCUCACCUCCCCGCUCUUCAGUCUUUAAUAGUUUUUAAACGCUUUUCAAUCAUUGCUGAUCGACUUUGUAGCAACAGCCGCGAAAGCUUUCGGUUAGUUAAGCAUAUUUUCAUUGAAUUACUGGUAAACUCACCACAAUUUAAAAGAUUGCCAUUUUCAGGUAAUUGUUGAAAUUCAAGAACAUCAUUGCACCUUAUCAUUUUGUACGAAAUCAUUGUCUAUAACUGAAUGGGAAAAGUGAUAAAUUAACUAACUACUUUCUGCGGGAAAUAUUAUGACAAAAAUUUGAAUUUUUAUUCAGUGAAACAACAUCAAAUAAUAUGAGAAAGAAAGGAAAACUGAAUCCUGAUCAAAGGUAACAACAUCAUGCACAGCAAUCGCGAGGGAGUAUUUCAUCACUAAGCGUGCAAAAAAACAGCAACAUUCGUUUCUCGGACUGACUUACACAGAAGAGCUAUAGUGCUGCAUGUGAUUGCAAGGACGCGCACUACCUAUCAAUGUCAGUAUCAACCUCGUUCCCUGGCAGAGAUGUGCCGCCUUAGUUAGAAGUAAUAUCAGAUAAAAAGACGAUUGAGUCCGUAUAUAUAAAUAUUUAUACAUAUAGGCUGUGUUAGUAAUAUAAGUAUAUAAAAGUUAAUGCUUAUAGUUAUACACUAUAUCCUCUAUAUAUAAAAUUUAUAAGAUCCCAGCGUUUAUGUACAAAAGAUUCAACAGUAUAUUUUGCAAAAAAUCAUUCCGUUCUUGAUUUUUCAGAUAUUUCCAGUUAGUUGUGGAUGUACGUGCUUACACAAAACAAGGAAAUUAUUCCAUCUGUUGUCAAAUCUCUGAGAAUGUGAUCGUCAGAGUAAGUUGAUUAAAAUAUCAGAUGUGAUGUCAGAAUCACACUGUGGGGUUUAUUAAGUCCAGAUUUUAUUUAUUUAUUUAUUUAUUUAUUUAUUUAUUGAGAAAAAGAAUUACAUUGACGAAGAUAUAACUAUGUGACACGAGAACGGAACAGGACUUUCGUCCCACUUGAAACUUAACCCCUUACAAUAUACGCCAUCUACUAUUUGUCUUUACUCAACAAUAUACAUUAUACUUUUGUAUACAUUUUAUAAGCGUGGACUUAACCUGCUUUACAUUUUAGGCUUCUAACCCUGGACAGUUUGAAAAUGAUGUUGCACUCUGGUCAAAAGAUAAAAGUGGCGAAUGUGUUUAUAGAAUGGUAACAAUUAUUCAGUAAUUAGCCAACGGUUUAUUUUGCUGGCAUGGUGACAAUGGACUCAGUAGACUGGUAACGCAUACCUAUUAACUAUGCGCAUACAUUACAUACACACUUUGUUUAGCGACGCUAGCCCCGACAACUACAAAAGUUGAUUUCCACGGGGGGCAUCCAUAUAAAAAAUAUUACAAAGAAUAUAAAAAGGAAGGAAACUGAGUCUACUACUAUAUCAUGUACAUUACCAAAAGCUACUGUAAUCCACGAUGGUGUGUCCCAGAUAAAGAUAUGAUUAACUAAUCCACACUUCGUUAUUAACAUCAAUAAUUUUGUUUUAUACAACUUUUAAAUAUAUAAAUUGAUCGAGCUUGCUUAGCUUCAAGCGGAAGGUUAUUCCAAAGAUAAGCACCGCUGUAUUUACAGUAAAGCUUUUUUUGAGAAAUUCUCUGUUUGGCUUUGGAAAGGUCAGAUCAGUUUGAGAAUUUCUAAGAUUAUAAUUGUUUAGUUUUAUAUUUCUACUUAUGAAUGAAUCUUUCAGCAUGUUCGUCAGUUUCAGAAGAGCAACGUUAUUCAGCCUUCGCUAAUGAUAUUGGCAGUGAGAUCGAAACUUUAGCGGAUGGACUUUGCUCAGAACUGUUUAUGCUUCAAUUCUCAUAUGCGCAUGUCAUGUUUCUAGGGAUAUGUUGGUAUUAACACUGAUAAACCAGACCAAUGUUUAUCUGUGAAUGGAAAUAUAAAACUCACUGGACAGACCAUGACUCCUUCCGAUAUCAGACUUACAGAACACCUUCAUCAGGUAUAGUUGGCAAAAGCCGUCAUUUUUUAUCAUUAUUUCGAACAUUAUAUGAAAAUCAUACAGUAAUCUCAUGAAACAUUCACGGAAAAUAAUCCAGCCCGCCAACAUACUAAAUACUUGAAUUGAAUAUAUAUCCAUCGCAAACUUUAUCCACACGCAGUGACAAAGUCCACAUGCACACACACUGGUUCUAUAAUCAAGGAACUGUAAUCUGGACUGUAUCUAUCAACGCUAUUUUUUAAAUUUCUCGUUGUUUCAGUUUGCGUGACAAAAACGCAAUAAACAAUCUAUAACAAUUCUUUUCGAUCCCUAACAGUUUAUAUAAUAGUACUACAACAAUGUCAAUACUCGGAAAGAGGCAACUAUGGUGGCUUCCUUCGACUGUAUAAUUAUAAACAAUAAACAAUGGUAUUUUGUAGGCAAAUACUCGCGAAAACCUGGAGAACGUGAGUAACAUGAAACUGUACAGAUAUCGUUAUAACCAAGCAUAUUCCUGUCACGCUGGACUGGAACAAUCAAGAGAAGAUCUUGGAGUUUUAGGAAGUGAAGUAAAAACAUUCAUACCUGAUGCUGUUACUGAGAGCGUAAGUCAAACAAAAUGACAAUUUAUAAAGAGACCUAAUCAGGCUUCAACAGGUGGAAAUAUACUCAUUCUGUGAGUUAUAACUCAUGAAAGCAUAUUACUGUAAAUAACAAUCAAUACAAAAUAUUGCUUGUGUACUCACUGCAUUUGGGCCACAUGGUGGAUAGUUCAAGUAUAUUCCAGUCCAAUCUUUCUCUUUAGCUAGAAUCAGAAACGAGAAAAAUUAUGAAAACCAUGUACUUAAAGAACGAAUAGUAAAACAAGAUAUAUUCGUCAAUUUUUGUUAGAACUAGGAAAGUUCAUUUUCAAAUCAUUUUUACCACGUGUUUAGGCAGACAUUGUAUUAGACGGGAAAAUGGUAAAAGAUGUUUUGAUGGUUAAAAAGGUAUUAAGAAAUGCAGGAUAAUUAUAUUUUGAAGUUUUAUUGAAAUUUUUGUUGAACGUUUUUGUUUCAUAUUUUAUUUCUUGCGUCGAAAGAAUAAUUAUGUAUUUCAGUUUUAAAACAGCAAGUUCAUUUACUCUUUAUUGGACAAUAAUUGAAGUCUAUCUUAUUUUUCUUCAAAGGACAGACUGCUCAUGGAGUCAUUAGGAGCAAUUCAAGAGCUGUCUAAGAUGACUGUAAAUAUUAAACAUUUCUCAUUUAAAAAUUAUUCAACUUAUAUAUAACUAUAGUCAAUGUAUAUAUUCAGACAUGCAAAAAAUUGCGCUUAUUUCAGUUAUUAUAUCUUAUAGAAAAUUUUAACCUCUCGUAUGAUUGAAUUGGAGACAAAGAACGAAAUUCUCGAAGUAGUUUUAAGGAACAUGGUUUCAGAAUCAAUGAAUAUGUCCAUUCCGAAUUGAAGGUAUGAUAGUCUUCACAUAAUAAUAAUAAUAAUAACUUUAUUCAUACAAAAAAUACCAUUACUGAUAUGUCGAAUUACAAACAAAUAAACCGAUUACAGUAUAUGGAAAAUGAGCUUAAGCAAAUUCUCUCCUCAUAUGGGAUAUUGUUGUAGCGACCAACUUCAACUGGUAAUCUGUGGGCUAAGAUUCGGAGUUUCGUAACUGCUUGGCGAUGUUUUAUAUUGUUAACUUCAAAAAUAUAUUUUUCUGGGUCAAGACUUGUUUUAAUUUUCUUAAAAGUUCUUAGUUUGCCCCGAUUACCACCUUGUUGAAUUUGUUCUUUCCAGUAGUUAAUAUAAAAGUUGUUUAAUUCAUGCUUUAAAUAAUGGCAAAAGUUUUUUAAUUCAUGCUUUAAAUACUGUAUAAAGUAUUUUCAUUACAUAGUUCUAACAAAUGUGUUGUUAAAGCUACUGGUUGUAAGUUCAUGGCUAUACAACAUUUCUUUCUUCACCAACGAGUGUGUCAUUAAAUAACUGAUCGUUAAUACGCAACCAAAAUUUAACCAUCAUGGUGUAUAUUUGGUCUUGGAGGAUUAAAGGCGUUCUGCCUAACUCAGCAUAGACAGCUAGAUUCGUCGAUUUCAAAUGAACUCCCAUGAGUCGUUUGCAGAAUUUUAAAUGUAAUUUUUAAGUAGUAUUCCGUAUUUUGAACAUUUUAUUCUUAAAUUGAUCAAAGCGAUCUAUUUUACCAAGUAAAUAGGGACCCCAAAUUUCACAAUUGUAUAAUAAAAUUGGGGAUAUAACGGUAGAGAAAAGUUUCAAAAGUGUUUUAGUCGGUAUAUUUUCAAUAUUUGAGAAACUGUGGAAUAUAGAGUGGUAGGCUCGUAAGGCUUUAUUGUAUAAAACGUUUUGGGCUUGUUUAAAAUUACCUGAAUAGUGGAGGUUUAUGAUGCCAAGAUAUGAGUAUUCAUCAACAUGCAAGACACCGCGCAAACGGCAGAUAAAUACAAUAUACUAAACAAUAAACUGAGUAAAUGAGAAAUUGCUUUCGAGUUCAUCCAGAUUGUCUUUCAAUUGUUUUAGUUUAUGUCUAACAUACGGAAACCAUUUUCAAAGACUGUAAGUUUACAAAAUUCAUCUUGCAUCAGCGUUGAAAUAGCGUACGCGUGUGUUGCGUUGUGUUUAUGCUUGAGAUAGCGCGCGCUUGAGGUCACUUGCGAUAAACCCCACGGCAUAUAUAUUGAUAGGGAUACAACCACCAGAAAAAUACAAGAGCAACUUCGACAUUUCGAGAAGUCCCUUUAAGAAAGUUAACAUUCUUUUGCGGUAAUCGUCAGUGAUUCCGCAUACUAGACUUGAUGAGUUCAAAAGCAACUGCGCGAAUAUACCCCCCAUACAAACCUCUAAAUAAAAUGGUCUUGUUUUAUAGAUGAUUUCAACACGAUACUCAUUUGAACCCGAGACAGCUGAGACAGUCGAUCCUUCCAAGCGAGGAAUAAACGAACAAUAG